UGAACCAACGUGAACACAGCUCCAUCGCUUCUGUUGCGCGCGGUAAAUGUAUAUUGUUAUUGUAUCUGAGCAAUGUACAGGUUAGAGUUAUGUUACAAUAUUAUAUUUAAAUAAUUGUUCACUGAAAAUAAUAAUGUUCAACUGCGAUAAUAUACUGAGCUGAUUAUCUCGCGAGAGAUUUAUAAUUUAUUUCUUAUUUGUUUACCCUAAUGUAAUGAAAAUGGAAGUACCUAAUGUAGAAUGUUUACCUUACUGUAAAGAGUUAUGGUUUUUAAUAUCCGACACUGUAUGUCGAUGUGAAAAGCAGUUAGUUGAAGAUGAAAUUAAGAAAGAAACGAAACUUUUCAAGGAGGGAUUAUUAUUUUUUAAACCAUACACUGAAGCGUCGUUAGAAAACAUACCCAAAAAUGAUCCCUCACCUCGAAUAUUCGAAUUGAUCAGUAAACUAGCUCCGCUUCUAAAUUUAGAUGCUACAAUUACAUGGGAUUUAGUAUGUAAUUUUAUAAAAUACGAAUAUCGUAAUUGCGCAGAAACUUUUGCAACGCAACUUAUAGAUUUCACGUCAACAAAAGAGUUGAUCGAUGAUAUCUGGAACUUUUACUACUCUGAAAGAAUGACAUUGAUAAAAUGCCUUAAACUUAUGGUGGAGUACAAAGAUAAACCUCAUCGAUAUCAAAAGGAAUUUGCCAAGUUCUUUGAUGAUGUUUUAUUUGGAACAUUACUGGAGUCUGUUAGGAAACAAAUAGAAAUGUUAAAAACAGUGAAUCCACCUACAAAAUCUCAACUAUGCACAGAAGAAUAUUUGCACAGAUUGUAUAACAGCAGUCUGAUUGAAAUGAGAGAACUGCUCCAUAUAUUGACAGUCAUCAUUAAUGAUAUACAUAUAGCAGACACUGAAUUUAUGAAGCUUUAUGAAAGUAUAGGAGGAGAACCAAGACGGUUGGCAAGCACGAAAAGUCAUGAAGAUAAAAAGGCAAUUGCCAAAAAGAUUAAGGAUAUACAGCACAGUCAGGCAGCAUUGCUUUUAGUGACAUUAGAUGUUAGAAAACACAUUAACAUGGAAGACUGGAUGCUGAACGUUAGAAAUAGUAUGCAGGAAACUUUCGAACAGAAAUGCAUUCGUGACAAUUUCCCUCAAGACGGUCUUCUAUUUUUAUCCUGGAUGUUGGCAAACUAUGCCAUUGAUUCUCAGAAUAUCGACACUUUAAAUCGAUUCAGACCAUUCGGUAUUAAAGCCAUAGCUCUUGAUGUCUUUCAUUAUUUGGAAGAUUUGUUAAAUAGUGAAAUGGUCUCUGAAGAAACUUAUUACGCCGAAGUUGUACGAAGCAGCGCCUACAACCUGCUCACUUUAGUGUGCGCCUUCGUGGAUGAAGAUAAAUUUAGUGUAUUAAACGGCAUUUCCGAUGCUGUUGCUGCUACAGUUCAGUUUCCUGAAACGGCAGCACGAUUCUGGGAGGAAGGCGACGAUGGCCUAUGGUUGAUUUAUAAAUUCGCAGCUGAACAAUAUCCGUAUGAAUUCGAACCACUGACGAACAUUGCAAUCGGAUUGGCGACCGCGUGCAAAGGUAGUGCAGAGAAAAUCGCUAAGGAAUUGGAUAAUCUGAAAUCGUUAAAAUUGGAAGUAUCGCGGCAGCGGAAUUACAACAAACCAUUAAGACCAUAUGAAAGAGAAUGUACGAUUCACAAAAAUACGUACACGAUAUCUGAAGAUUGUGUGCGUGAAAAUGUACGAAUAUUACCAAAUGGACGCGAAGUGGUGAUAUUCCGACAAAGAGCGAGUUAUUGGGAUGUUUUACAUCACAAGAUAGAGCAGCUUUUCUCUCAAGCGGGCGGAGGAACCAUGAGUAUCGAUGAAAUGAACAUCAAUUUACCGGAACACGUUUCGCGAGGUUUGAAAUUGCUAAAAACGCUAGCCCACUAUGUAGGAAUUCGGCAGAGCAUGGUAAUUCCUACAGAAUUGAGUUUUGAAAUUAUAAAUAGAUUCUCUUAUCCGGUAUUACCUGAAGAAAAAAUGUACAUCUACAAAGUAGUCGCAGAUUGCAUCAGCAUUUCGUCCGAACUCGUAUUAGAAUAUCCAGAAGAAAUUUUGUCUCGAAUGCGUGCCGGCGUAUAUCCGAGAUUCAACAAUCGAUACCAGAAGCCAUUAGACUUUGCAGAAGCAAUUUCCUUCGACGGUGGAAUUAUCGCAUCCUGGUUAUCUGCCAUUGAGACGAUCGCUCAUACUUACCCAAUUCUGAACGCAUAUCUAGAUAUUUUAUCGAAAUAUUUGAUCGGAAAGUAUAAUGAGGAAGCUCUCUACACUGUAGAAAUACCCGGAAUGGUAUUUCUGUUGCAAGGUGUUUUGCCAAAAUUGGAUUCUUGGUAUUUCAAUUCCGAUGCCGAAAGAACCGAUCUCUGGUUAAAAAGCAUGUUCUGCCUUCACUACGCACUCCAAUUUAAUCUACCCAAAGAAGACAUACGUAACGAAUUACAGCUCGUUGUAGCCUACAGUUUGUUAUAUCUAGAACCACGACACGCUUUACUUAAGUUAAUUCGCACUGGUGAACGUACUUUGCAUAAUAAAAUGAUGGCAGAGACGGACUGGAUUCGUGGAAAAGGAUUUAAGGCAAUUAGAAGCGUACAACUAGCAUUGUCUGUGGUAAAUAGAUUAUUAAUAUUCCGAAAAUCAUUGAGUUUGGACGUUGGAGAUAGAUCACCGUUGGAAACAGCCUUAUAUUCUUCGCCUCGUGUUCCAAACGGUCUCCUAAUUGUACCCACGAUCGUAAAUUAUCUUUACGUCUGGUUUAGUCCACCUAUGCAAGCAAUGGCUGUCAGAUUGUUAAAAAAAUUUGCAGAAGGAUCAUCGAUGUCGCUUCUCGUCUGUAUGGGCAUGGAUGGUACUGCAAUACGGGAGACUUUUGCUUCUCGCAGAGGUCUCAUGUCUCCGACCUGUAACGUGAACGUCAAAGUUGCCAUCCUCGAGUUGGUCACCGUGUGCUUGGAAAGACAACCCGGUCUGACGGAAGCUCUAUUUAACAUUGUACAUCCGGCGGAAUGCAAGCGAAUUUUCCCACGAUCCGUGGAGGAAUUCUUUACGGAAGGAUGUAGACAGUUUCUGGUUAAGUAUCUGCAUCGAAUUUACGAUAAGGAGGACAUAGUACGCGACAAAUUGUACAACAGCACUAUGGCACUAUUGCGAGCUAUGUGGUACUACAGAAAUGAAAUUCUUGUCAACUUCUUUCGAAAACGUGAGAACUUUUGGACUCAUCUCUUCGCACCACUCUUCAGAGAUUUAGUACCAAACACGAAGGGUUACGCUCAUCUGUUGGAUAUAAUUACUUUGGAACUGUUCAAGACCACGACUUUGGAAGAUGAUUUCAUUGUGAAUUUGAAAAAAUUUUUAGAUAAGUCGAAGGAUUAUUGGAAGAAAUUCGCGAUAUACAUAUUUGAUGAUAUACAGACUGAUAGCGGAAAAUCGAACAGUUUCGAAAAAGAUACCAAUGUUACAGAUACGUAUGAAACAAAUUUAGAAUCGUGGUACAAUUUUAUUGUUACACUGACUGACGAAAGGAUAUCGGCGAAUUAUCCUAUUAACGUGUCCCAGGCACAAUUGAUAACUCAGCAUUCUUUGGAAUCAUUACUGGGACGAAUCAAGCAAUGUUGCGACGUAUCCAAUCGGAAAAUAACGAUGUUACUAGCUUCGUUGUCGCUUCGAUGUAUCACCUCUUGGAAACAAAUGUGCGUCGAUGACUCCAGAAUCUUUAAAUCGGGAUUAACACAACUGAUGCAAGAGAUCGUACAAGUUUAUCGGAAUUAUGGGAAAUCAUUGCGUCAAACGCUUGUCUCUUUGCUUCUUGGAUGCGUGCAUUGCGUGAAAAGCACUUUACGCGAGGAUGCAGUCAGCCUUGAAUAUCUUUUAUCACAAUCCUGCACGAUCGCUGCAAGUGAAUUGGAGGAACUAAAGGAAGCCGCUAUCCUGUUGGAAAAACAGAUCCAACAGCAGAUCGCAAUCGAAAGAAAAACAAAUGAGAAAACAGGUGUGAUCGAAAGCGUUGUUGCGCAGAAAAACGCUGAUGAAAGAAACGCGGAAACCGCCCGUGGAGUGCGUGAUAGUUUACCAGCCACCUUGGCCGUUUGCAUGGUUACUCAGUUAUUACGUUCUUAUGUGGAGCGCACCGCUGCUUCCAAGUCUCAACGGAAAUUUAGUUGCGUUCAGCUUCGCCAGAUGAUACCGGAAUUGAUGACGUGCAUAGGUAUCACUUUACAGAAGUAUCCGUAUCUCAGGUUCAGCACUGCUGCUCUUAAUUUGCUUAAUUUGAUAAUUCGCUCGCCAAAUACGUUGCAUUCUAUCAACGAAAACGAUAUCACAAAGUUAUGGUUGAGCUUGAUACCACCUAACGACAUCGGGAACAGUAUGCUAGACUCGUUGUACGACGAUUGUACGACCAGACAGUGGCGAUGUCAGGAUUGGUGGCCGCUUUAUACGCUCGGUCUCGAGUUCUUAAUAGGACUCGUCACCAGGGAAACGCCCGCUAUUUAUAUGAAGUCCAUUAUAGUGUUCUUGAAUUCUCACGAGUAUCAAUUGAUGGUCGCAUCGACCUUAUUAAGACACACAGCGGAUAUUUAUGCGGCUGAUCUGGUACAGUCUCUUGUUGCGCUGAUCCACAUUAUGGCAACGCAACCGUAUGUUUGGAAUUCGAUACAACCAAACGUCUGCGAGACUCUAAUCAAAUGUAUGUAUCUAGCAUACGAUAAUACCGUGAAUCUAUUGUUGCGACCGCGGAUCCUCAAGUUCAUUAUUGAUGGUAUCAGCAUGGAAAGUGCCGAAGAAUUGGAAUCUUGCGACAAAAGGUCGCCGAGCGGUGAGCUAAGGUUGUUAGUUAAUAAACUGAUCAUCAUAAAUACAACUUGCGCUCUGAGUUUCGUUCACUUUUCGCCAAGACUUAAUACCCUCGUGGACACCAUAUACACGCAAGACUUCUGGUAUACUCCAAUGGCGGAAAUGAAUUUCGGACCUCCACAAAUGAGCAUGAACUCAGGUCCAAGAUUAACUUAUGGUACCAUUAUCAGUUCGACGCAGUUGUUUACUCAGGCUUUGCAUUCACGAUCUCAACCUGUGAGCACUUCGUCCGCUUCCUCCAGCGAGCAAACGAACAAGACGGAUUCUGCAAAAAAGGAAUGGGAGCACGCUGCACCGGAGGAUCGACGAAUGCAUUCGAGCAAGGAUUUAAGGAGGAUCAUUCAUGCAGCGUCCGGUUCCACUUCGAGGUCCUCGUCCAAUGUGGGAAGCGAGUUUUUGGUGUACGUUAGCGGAUUAGACGUGACAGUACCGUUAUUGAGUAGUCCCAGACUCGUGCGAAGACCUUACGAUCCACUCAUUUGCGAGAACACUAUCUUGUCAAGGGCAACAGCUUUGACGAGUGGUAGACACGUAACGAAAAGCGCCGGAAGCAGUGACAGUCCCAUAGUAGCGAAGUACCAAAGGUUUAGCGAUCCUUGGUUCGAAUCUAUGGACGAGAACAACACGAGGUUUGCUCUUGAAGUUAAUCUGGUACUGAUUCUGUGUCAAGCUCUGGAGGGAGUUAGGAGUCCAAGGAUAGCUCUUCGAGAUCGUCAGUUGAUAGCACGUGAAACAGUGACAGAGUUAGGUGUUUUCUUCGAUUUCCUCGAACAUCGGGGUACUCCUGACGAUUGGCAAGUUAAAGGAUCAUUGAUCAAUGCCGACGCUAAAAGCGUGAGAACUGUUCAGCAAACGGCUGACUCGAGUCAGCCCGUAUUACCAGCAAGGUUAAGGAAAAAGCUAGCGAAAAUAUUCGAAGAGAAUGUAUUUACAACGGGAAGAUUCACGACUAACAUUAGUAGUAUUCAAUUUUUGCCUUUAAUGGGAAAAUUACUGAAAACUGUGGUGGAAUCUUUAGAUCUCACUCAGUAUGGCUAAAAACAUCAAAUUGUAAUGAAUGCAUAAAAGAAGAAAGAAACGGAAGAAAUUUUCACUGUACAAAACAGUUUACAAAUAUUUAUCCUUGAAAUUCACAAUAAAGUAAUGUAUUUUUUAUUAUAA